AUCAAACAAGCUUUGUACAAUGAAAUCUACUUUUCUAACUCCAACUAUCUAAAAUGUUUUUGGGAGUUUUACAAAGAUAAGGGUCCAGAAUUUGAAUUUACACUAGUGAUAUUAAUUUAUCUGCUGCUGCAAUUGUAAAAUGUGGCUGUAGUUUAGUGGUAAGAAUUCUACGUUGUGGCCGUAGAGACCUGGGCUCGAAUCCCAGCAGCCACACACAAUCUGUGGGUUUUUCAUUUUUCAGUGGCUGCAUGCUGACUGACCACUGCUCUGCCUCUGCCACUGCUGCUCUUGUGGUAUCUUUGUCUCCACAAUCUCCGAUACCUUUUUUUCUUUAAUGAGAAAAAUGAUGCAUUCCACUAUCCUGUCGGCUUUUCAAGAAGUGAAAUUUCAGCGUCAUAAAUGCCAAAUUCCCUAACAUUACAACUUAAGAGAUAUGCUAGACAAGCUUUUCUCUCUUAACUUUCGAUCACUCUCCAUGGAAUCAGACAUUAUUUCGAGAUUUUGCUUAAUAAGUUGUGCAGUGGAUUGAUUCCUUAGCAUUCUUUGUUUAUUUAUUAGGCAUAGCUUGUCAACCACUACUUUAUCUGCAGUUGUUGCUCAGGAUUAAUCUAGGAAUAUAUUCUUCUCUUUUCUGCACUUGUAACUAUCAAUUUCACAUUUAGUUGGGGCAUAUAUCUAAGUAGCAAGUGCCUGCUGUUGCUAGCCUCUGCCUCCUCCGUUUAUGCAUCGUUUAAAAUUGCACUUCGUCUUUUGUAGCUACACCUCGAUGGGAAUCAGGAGAGGGAAUUCUGUUUUAUUAUGUUCUGUGGCCUUAUUCUGCGUGUGGAAUUCUGCAUCUGCAUCUCCAUUGGUUGCACCAAAUGGCGUCGGCUAUGAAGUGCUAGCUUUAAUUGGCAUAAAAAAGCUCCUGGUUGAUCCUCAUGGGGUUCUAAACAAUUGGGAUGACUCCUCUCCAGAUCCAUGCAGCUGGAAUAUGGUCACUUGCUCUCCUGAUGGUCUAGUUGUUGGCCUAGGAGCUCCAAGCCUGGAUUUAUCUGGUACUCUUUCACCUACCAUUGGGAACUUGACAAAUAUCCAAACGGUUCUUCUACAGAACAACAAUAUAUCAGGAGAUAUACCCUCUGAGAUAGGGACCCUUUCUAAGCUUGAGACUCUCGACCUCUCCCACAAUAACUUUGCUGGUCAAAUUCCCAGCACCCUGUCUCAUUUAAAAAGCCUCCAAUACCUGAAGCUGGCUAAUAAUAGUCUAUCUGGAGAAAUUCCUGCUUCCUUGGCUAAUUUGACACAGCUUCAAUUGUUAGACUUAUCCUUCAAUAAUUUGAGUGGUCAUGUGCCCACAUUCCCUGCCAAAGUAUUUAGAAUUGAAGGAAACCCUUACAUUUGCACCGAUGGAGCUGAGCAAGUAGGAUGUGGAGAGAUGGAAACAGGAUCUUUGCCCAGCAGCAGCAGCAGCAGCAGCGAGGCCAAACUGAAUUACCCUUCGGGAAUUUUUCAUGUAAUAAUAAUAUUGGUUUCUUAUUCUCUUGAUGUCAUACUCCACCAUUAUUUGUCUUGUUUCAUGAUCUCAUCUAUCAUUAAAGCAGAUAAAACUGCAUCCAGUUGUAAAAGAUCUAAUGGAAGCAUUUUGUUUUCACAGUUAGAUCAGAAUUGCAACCCCCUUGAACCCAAUGCUACAACUUAUGAUCGAACUAAAUUGAAGAAGACCGUUAAGUCAGGACCAGACUUUGGCUUAAAUUCAGACAGUGAUUUCAGUUGCAUAAAACAACAACAAUCCUACUUAAGCAUUACUUCACUUUGGAUCUCUGCUUACAAACCUUCUACCAGCUCCUUACCUGCUUCCUUGGUUCCCUCCAUACAAAAGAAGCUGGUUAGCUUUCUUGGAGCUGCAACUGAGACAAUGGAAUUCAGGAAAGAGAAGUUUGUUUUGUGUUGUGUAGCCCUGCUCUGCUUGUGGACUUCUGCAUGUGGAUUGCUUUCAGCAAAAGGUGUCAACUUUGAAGUGCAAGCUUUAAUGGGCAUAAAAAAUUUUCUGGUUGAUCCUCAUGGGGUUCUUGACAAUUGGGAUGAGGCUGCUGUUGAUCCAUGUAGCUGGAGUAUGGUCACUUGCACUCCUGAUGGUCUAGUCGUUGGCCUAGGAGCUCCAAGCCAGAAUUUGUCUGGUACUCUUGCACCGACCAUUGGAAACUUGACAAAUCUCCAGCAUGUGCUCCUUCAGGAUAACAAUAUAUCAGGACAUAUACCCUCCGAAUUAGGGAAGCUUCCCAAGCUUAACACACUUGAUCUUUCUUGCAACUCCUUCUCAGGUCAAAUUCCCAGCAGUCUGUCCCAUGUAAAAGGCCUCCAAUACCUGAGGCUGAAUAAUAACAGCCUCUCAGGACCAGUACCUCCCUCCUUGGCAAACAUGACUCAGCUUACUUUCCUGGACUUGUCUUUCAAUAAUUUGAGUGGUCCUAUGCCGUGGUUCUAUGCAAAAACAUUCAACAUUGUCGGAAACCCAUUGAUCUGUGCCACAGGGAAGGAGCAAGACUGCUCCAGAACAAGACCAAUGCCAAUGUCUUUUUCCUUAAAUAAUUCACAAAGCUCACAACCUUCUGGAAGACCCAAAAGCCACCAAAUUGUUUUAGCCUUUGGCUCAAGCCUAGGCUGCAUCUGUCUGCUUAUUCUUGGAUUUGGUUUACUUCUUUGGUGCAGGCAAAGACACAAGCAGCAAAUAUUCUUUGAUGUUAAUGAACAACAUCGGGAAGAAGUUUGCCUUGGAAACUUGAAGAGGUUCCCUUUCAAGGAACUUCAGGUAGCAACUAACAACUUCAGCAGCAAGAACUUGGUUGGUAAAGGAGGUUUUGGAAACGUAUAUAAAGGGUAUCUCCAGGAUGGAACCGCAGUAGCUGUGAAAAGGCUUAAAGAUGGAAAUGCCAUUGGAGGCGAAAUCCAAUUUCAGACUGAAGUCGAGAUGAUAAGCCUAGCAGUUCACCGCAACCUCCUUCGGCUCUAUGGAUUUUGCAUGACACCGACAGAGAGACUUUUGGUUUAUCCCUACAUGUCCAAUGGUAGUGUUGCUUCUCGACUCAAAGCCAAACCAGCCUUGGAUUGGGGAACAAGGAAACGAAUUGCUUUAGGAGCAGCUAGGGGAUUAUUGUACUUGCACGAGCAGUGUGACCCAAAGAUAAUUCAUAGGGAUGUUAAGGCUGCAAAUAUACUUCUUGAUGAUUACUGUGAGGCCAUUGUUGGAGAUUUUGGAUUGGCAAAGUUGCUGGAUCACCGGGAUUCCCAUGUGACAACAGCUGUGAGAGGCACCGUGGGACACAUAGCCCCGGAAUAUCUAUCAACUGGCCAGUCCUCUGAGAAAACAGAUGUUUUUGGGUUUGGUAUCCUUCUACUUGAGCUGAUCUCUGGACUGAGAGCUCUCGAAUUCGGGAAGACAGCUAACCAGAAAGGAGCCAUGCUUGACUGGGUAAGAAAAAUUCACCUAGAAAAGAAACUUGAGAUGUUAGUUGACAAGGACCUGAAAAACAAUUAUGAUAGGAUUGAGCUAGAAGAAAUGGUUCAAGUGGCUCUUCUAUGCACUCAAUACCUUCCAAGUCACAGACCCAAGAUGUCAGAAGUAGUUCGCAUGCUAGAAGGUGAUGGCCUUGCCGAGAAGUGGGAAGCAUCCCAGAGAGCUGAAGCAACCAGGUCCAGAGCCAAUGAAUUCUCCUCUUCAGAGAGAUACUCUGAUCUUACCGAUGACUCUUCCUUGCUGGUUCAAGCAAUGGAGCUCUCUGGACCAAGAUGACAUGCACCUCUGAGAGAGGGGAGAGAAUCAUAAAUUGUUUAAAAGAAGAAACCUCAAAUGCAUCUUAGGACAGGAAUGUGUUUAAAUGAACGUGUUGUAUAGUAUUAUAAUACUGAAAACUCUAAAUCUGUCUCAUUUCUGAUUGUACAGAUUUGGAUUUUAAAAAAAACUGACUUUUAGGUUGAGUGUUACAUUUCCUGCUACUGGUGAGUGAAGAAUUUUCUGGAGAUGUUUUACUGUGAGUCACUUGUAAUAAAUAUGCUUCCAAAAUGAAUUUUAUUUGCUCUCUAAAAUUUAAUGCCACAACUGUCAGGCAGUUUCAAGGGCUAUCAGUGGCAUUUAUCACU